CAGAAGCUCCUUGUCUGCCUCAAGAAAACUCCCAUUCCUGACAGCAUGUGCUACGGAAACUACUUUGGUGGCCUGGGCUAUGGCUAUGGUGGCCUAGGUUAUGGCUAUGGUGGCCUGGGCUAUGGCUAUGGUGGCCUGGGCUAUGGCUAUGGUGGCCUGGGCUAUGGCUAUGGUAGCCUAGGUUGUGGCUACGGCUGUGGCUGUGGCUCUCGAUAUGCAUACAGCACCUAUCGUCCAUGCUGCUACGGAAGAAUUUCUGGGAUCUACUAAGAAUUUAGGCUAGCUGUCUCAUUUGGGGUCAUUUGCUUAUAAAAACCCAGGGCACUAAUAUGUAGGAAAAUUUAUAAUUUUACUUUUCAAUAAAGCUAAAUUUCUUUCACAUUAUUUGC